AUGGGACCCCAUGGCUCCCUCAAACUCGUUGACAUGAAUGACUCGUUCGGCGUUCACUUCGAUCAGUUAAUCGCUCGGGUCAGAUCUGAGCUCCUCCAGCACUACGAAAGGGAUAUCCAGGUCAAGGCUGACAGCCAGAGUUUCAUCCCUGUCAGGGACGAGGUGUUGCCACCCAUCAGUGCGAAGCCACAAUUCCUGCGUUUGUCUCCGAAGAAGCAAUGGAAUUCCUCCGAGUGGGGGCCUGUGUCUUCCCCUCUCAGCAACUUCAGGCAAAGCCCUGUGUUCUCGAAAGGGGAUUCUUCAUCCAGUGAUGAGGAUGAACCACAUGGGAAAAUCGGAGUCGUUCAUCACCGACUGACUUCCAAGUCAGCCGUGUCCGAUGGCUCCCAGGCGACGCAGCCGUCGGCAGAUUCCCCGAACAUGGAGCUCAAGACACCAAAAGCUCGGUUUCCCCAGCUGGAAGCACAGCUGCCGCGGCCGCCUUCGGAAGGAGAAGCAGAUGCGCCGCCUGUGUCUCCGCAGCUGCUCUUGACUACGAGCGGUGGUCUUUGCCCGAUGCUGCCAAAUAAUCCUGAGGAGGCUGACGGCUGCCUGGGCGAGACAGGUGUUGACCUUCAGGAUCAGAAGGGCAACCAAAUCGCCGACAAGAGCUCUGCGAAGAGCUCAGCGUCAUCAAGCAGCAGCAGCUCAAGCUCGAGCUCUGCCAGCUUCACCAGCACGACCGACAACAACGCUUCUGGGAAUGAAGGUCAAGGAAGCAGGAAAGUGAUGAAGCGUGCGAGCGAAAGCUCCAUUCCAUCUUUCUUUGACAAAGAAGCCGCCUCCAGUCUGCUGUGGCAGUUUUUGGAGGACCCUGAUUCGAGUCCAGCGGCCUUCUAUUUUGCCACAGCUUGGAACUACUUCAUCACACUCUCCAUUGUGGUGACCAUUCUUCAGGGUAGCCAAAGCCCAAUCAUUCCUGCCAGUACGGAAGGCUUUCUCCAGGUCUCCGUGGAGGUGGCCCUUGCGCUUGAGUUCCUCGCGCAUAUUUAUGCCAGCACCAGCUGCUAUGCGUUCGUCAAGAGUCCGUAUAACAUCAUUGACUUCUGCGCGCUGCUGCCAUUGGUGAUACGAAUCAUCGCCGGUGUUGAAACGCCCACGCUGGCAGAGAACGCAGUGGUGCACUACACGCUCGUAUGCUUCGUUCCGCUUAUCCGCCUGCUGAAGUUGGUCCGGCGAUUUAAGAAACUACAGCUGCUUCUGCAUGUUCUGUCUUCGGUAAUUGAUGCUUUGAAGCUCCUGCUUUUCCUCAUCAGUAUCAUUGUGCUAAUCUUUGCCACAGCCCUGUACAUCACGGACCAGCCGGAUAACAUUGAUUCACUGCCGUUGGCCAUCUGGAUGUGCACAGUCACCGUGACCACUGUGGGCUAUGGUGACGUGACUCCAUCGACGUGGCCAGCAAGAGGUGUUGCGGGCAUUCUUUGCUUCAUCAGCGUGUUGUUCAUGGCGAUGCCGAUUUCCGUGGUGGGAAACGCAAUGUCACAGACAUGGGCAGAUCGGAACAGAAUACUUCUUGUGACAAGAGCUCGACAGCGCUUAAAGAAUUGGGGCGUCUCUGCCAGUGAUAUGCCCAGGCUUUUCAAGAAGUUUGACCAAGAUGGCAAUGGUGAGCUUGGUAUGGAUGAGUUUUGUGUCGGUUGCAAGUCCAAAGUGAGUGCAGAGCUUGUGGCCAUGUGUCGCCCAUUGGGCGCUUUUGAGCGGGAGGCAUCUGACCUCUUUGUGGCCUUCGAUACGGCGGCUACUGGCAUCGGUUGGGAAGUUCAUCUUUCCACCCUCUUGGCCCGGGGCAUAGGAACGGAUAACUGUCGUGCAGGGCGGCUGCAGUACUUAGCGGUGGCAGGCGACGCCGCGGCCUCCUUCGACCUGACAUUGCCCGUGUCGGCCACUGUCGGCGAACUGGCGGUCCAGCUGGCAGAAAGGGAGGGCUGCGAAAGCGAGCUCAUCACCAUCGUCAGCCGGGGCAAGCCGCUCAAGGAUUCUGGAGCGAAGCUCAGUGAUCUAGGUGGAGGCUUAGAGGAGAAGUUGCCUGUUGUGUACAUAGUGCGCAAGCCGGCGAGCUCGACAGGGGCGGUUGCUGCAGCCACUCCGUCGACGGGAGCAAAGACGACAACAGCAGCGUCUAGCACAGAAAGUGCGAAGCCGUCGAAACCAGGUCGGCGAGUGAUCUUGAUGCUGCGCCAUGGCCAAUGUUGCCAUGAGGGCGAACGUGAUGAGCUGAAGGAGCUCACCCAGCAUGGCCACAAGCAGGCUGAGGACACAGCGCGUUUCAUCAGCCAGUUGUUUGCUGCCGGAAAGUUCCCAUCGAAGCGAGCUUUGUUGCACAGCACCAGCAGGCGGGCGCGUGAAACUGCAGCGAAAUUGCCAGUUCACAUCCAGGACCUGGAGGUCUGGAAUGCAGACUUGCUUCGCGAGACGGAUCCGACGAACAAGCCGUUUCGGGCGGAAGAAGUGUUCAACCGGCUUUUUGCGACACCAGAGGCUGGUGACUCUGACACUCUGAUAAUCGUUGCCCACAACAACAUCAUUUUGUACAUGCUGAUGCGUGCCGCAGGAGUGCCGAUUGAACGCGCUGCACAGGCUUGGACCCUGUUUCAUCUCCGACACGCGUCCAUCACUCGUGUGGAUGUCAGCUCCCUCGGCACGACGCAGGUGGUUUCCAUUGGGGCGUCUGCACACAUUGCAGACACCGCAAUAACCUGGAAAAACGUCACGGGUGCUGACAUGUCUGCGUGGAAAGGAGGAGGCCCAGAGCGGCACAAGUUUGGCGGCCGCAUGCUGGUUUUAGUGAGACAAGCCGGCGGCGAAGGCACUGGCGCUGAGAUCAGCCAACAGAUGCAAUCUGUUGCAGACCACGUCAAAAGUCUCAGCGGCUACAUGAUGUCUGGAAAGGCAGUUGUUGCUUGCACCAGCAGUGCGCAGUCGACAGCUGCUGUCCUCGCCAGCAAGUUCAAAGCUGUGCCACAGCUUUUUCCAGACAGCAUCCUGGAGCAGCCUGAGGCAGCUUUCCUUCAAUUCUUCCAGGCGCCUGAUGAAGGAUCCCGAGACACGGUCGUCAUAGUCUCGGAGGAGAGGAUCAGAACUUGA